AUGAACUCAGAACUUCAGAAGAACGCACUGGCGCCAGUCGCGGUCGGAACGUCGAGUGAGAUUGGAAGUGAGGUCGGGAGAGACGUUGGGACCGAGAUGGAUGGCACUGAGAUGGAUGGCACUGAGACGGACGAGAGACUUGGGACCGUGACCGGGAGUGAAAUCGGAAGAGAUGUCGGGAGUGAGACCGGAAGACUGGUCGGAAGUGUGGUCGGGAGUGAGAUGGAGGGUACCGAGAUGGAUGCCACCGAGACCGAUUCGAGCGAGACGGAUGAGAGGCUAGGGACCGUAACCGGGAGUGAAAUCGGAAGAGACGUCGGGAGUGAGACUGGAAGACUGGUCGGGAGCGUGGUCGGGAGUGGGAUGGACGGCACCGAGAUGGAUGGCACUGAGACCGAUGGGAUGGAAACGGACGAGAGAUCAUCUUGA